AUGCAGAUCAACUCGUUCCUUGCCGUCGGCACCUUCUUGCUCCGGUACACUCUCGGAGGUCAAGUCGACUCCUCUUUGCUCGCGCUCAUCGACCAGACUCCCGACUUGUCAACCUUGGCGACCAUCAUCCACGGCUUCCCGGAGUACGCCGCGGCCGUGGCAAACGUCACAAACGUCACCUGCUUCGCCCCGAGCAACGAGGCACUGGCGCGCUUCGCGGAUGCGCACCAGGAUACCUAUCAACAGCUCUUCUCCCGCUUGGAAGUCUUCUCGGCCAUCUUCGACAUCCAUAUCGUCGUCGGCGCCCAUUACAGCCCCGAGUUCCGUCCGGGGGAGACAUGGUUUCUGCAGACGGUGCUGACGGACGAGUCCGUUUCCAACGUCACCGGCGGUCAAGUCGUCAAGGUGCGCAGCAUCUACGACACGCUGGAAGUCUCGACCGAUGCCAAAAGCCCCGCCCAUGUGAUACAGAAGGACCGAUGCUUCGCCGGUGGCACUCUCCAGGUGAUUGACGCUGUGAUGGGCAUACCAAGCAGCUUGUCGUCCGUCAUCGCUGACAAUGCUUUCAUGGCUGCCUCGUUCGGCCAGGCCCUCACUGCGGCCAACCUGUCGACUACGCUUGACCUGCAGUCGAAUCUGACCGUCUUGGUGCCCUCCAACAAGGCCUUCGAACAGGCAAACCUCAGCCGAGGCGACAUGGGGCAAGAGUUGUUGGCAUACGUCUUGCAAUCUCACAUUAUUCCGGGAGAGGUCUUGUACUCGAACAUGCUUGCGGUCGGGACGUGGACGACCCUCAGUGGGGCAAAGAUACGAAUCGACCAAGACGCCAGUGGCAUUUAUGUGAACGGUGCUCGGAUCCAGGUGGAGGACUUGCUGGUCGCGAACGGGGUCGUCCACGUAAUUGAUUCUUUUGCAGUGUAA